GAGAAGCAUCAGAGAAAGAUAAUUAAACCAUCUCUCAAAAUGGCUUUGACUGUUCACAAGAAAGCUCCCCAAAAGGAGCGUUGCUUUACUCUCAAUCUCCUCCUAUAAAAAGAAGCUCUUCUUCUUCUUCUUCUCAUUACCACAAAACUCUUUCACCGAUCUUCUCGUUCAUUUCUUCUCCCGUCCUAUCAUUCAUCAUGGGUUCGAAACCCGACCCGGUUGCUCCAACGAACCCGACUCGUCAUGAGAGUAAUGCUGCGAAAGAGAUUCGUUACAGAGGCGUUAGGAAACGUCCAUGGGGAAGAUACGCCGCUGAGAUCCGAGAUCCAGUUAAGAAAACUCGGGUCUGGCUCGGUACGUUCGAUACCGCUCAGCAGGCGGCGCGUGCUUACGACGCAGCAGCGCGUGACUUUCGUGGUUCGAAGGCUAAGACCAAUUUCCCGACGUUUCUUGAACUCAACGGGAAAACGGAGGGUGUUUUCGUUGGUAGUCCUACUCAGAGUAGCACCGUCAUCGACUCUACCUCUCCCACGGCGCCAAGGUUUGUAACACCUCCGCAGCUCGAGCUCAGCUUAGGCGGCGGCGCGUGUCGUCGUAAGAUCCCGCUUGUACGUCCGAUUUACUACUUUAACAUGACGGCGUAUCCGAGGAAGAUGACGGCGUGUGGUGUCCAGAGCGAGUCUGAAACGUCGUCGGUCCUUGAUUUCGAAGGUGGAGCUGGGAAGAUAUCUCAGCCGUUAGAUCUGGAUCUUAACUUAGCUCCCCCGGCGGAAUAGGCCGUGAGUUUUUUUUCUUUCUUAUGUCGUUUCUUUAGAAAAAACAAUAACGUUUUCUUUUUCAGCUUAAGAAAAAAAAUAUUAUCCGUUUUUUAGAAGAAAGUGGAGAAAAGCUAAAAUAUAAUUUUUAGCUGCCAUGGAAAAAAAGUCGUUAUGUAUAUAUUAUUAUCAAACCCUAUAAUAUAAUCGACGUAACAUAAGAAGAUCUUUCAGUUUUUG